UUGGACAAAAGCUGGAUGAACUUGCCCGAUAGGCUUCGUUCACCUGCAUACGCCGAGGGGGUUAACACUUUCCUGACCCUAGCUAGAAACCACUCCCGAGGAAUUGAUCGCAUUCGGUGUCCAUGCCGUGAAUGCCGUAAUAUGUUCUUCUUGCCUAUAUUUGAAGUGGAAAGUCACUUGUACAUUAAAGGGAUCAAUCCAAAUUAUACCCAUUGGAUAUUUCAUGGGGAGGAGGAUACACGAAGUUUCAAUGCCGACGACGAAGAUAGUGAAAGAGAUGGUGCCGACGAGUACAUUGAUGACAUGGUCCAUAUGUUAGAUGACAUCCGGUCAGGCACAUUCGUUGAUGUGCCCCAAGAUCAUACAGAUCCAUUGCCUUCUGGUGGAUCAAUACCAGAUGAUCCCUCCUCAAGUUCAUCUUUCGAUCAGCUACUAGAGGAUGCUCGACGUCCACUUCUUCCUGGCUGUACAAAGUUCUCAAAACUAUCAUUCAUUGUGAAGUUGUUACACAUUAAGACACUGGGUGGAUGGUCAAUAAAGUCGUUUGAAAUGCUACUUAACUUGUUGCGGGCUGCCUUUCCCGAUGUUGAACUUCCACAGUCAUAUGAGGAGUCAAGGUCAAUGGAGCGGAGUCUGGGUUUCAACUAUCACAAAAUUCAUGCAUGUCCCAAUGACUGCAUCCUGUUUUGGAAGGAAAAUGCUGAUCUUAAUGAAUGUCCUACCUGUAAGGCUUCAAGGUGGGUGCCUAAUACUCAUAAGGCACAUCUUAUCCCUCAAAAAGUGUUGCGGCAUUUUCCUUUGAAACCAAGAUUGCAACGUCUCUUCAUGUCUGCAAAGAUAGCAGGUGAUAUGAGAUGGCAUAAAGAACAACGACUGCCUGAUCAGGAUAUGAUGAGACAUCCUGCAGACUCAGAGUCCUGGAAGAGAUUUGAUGAAGAACAUAGUUGGUUCGCUCAGGAUGCUCGCAAUGUAAGGCUUGGGAUGGCAAGUGAUGGUUUCAAUCCCUUCAACAAUAUGGCUAAACCGUAUAGCAUUUGGCCAGUAAUCCUAGUCCCGUAUAACUUGCCGCCCUGGUUGUGCAUGAAAGAUCAGUUCUUCAUGACAUCCCUCAUUAUUCCUGGGCCAAAAUCUGCAGGUAAUGACAUCGAUGUUUACUUGCAACCGUUACUAGAUGAAUUGAUUGAAUUUUGGGAACAUGGGGUACCUACGUUUGAUGCCUCCAUAAAGGAAACCUUUGUAUUGCAUGCUGCAUUAAUGUGGACAAUUAAUGACUUCCCUACUUACGGGAAUCUUUCUGGAUGGUCGACAAAAGGAAAAUUGGCAUGUCCUUCAUGUAAUGAGGGCACAGACUCCAAUUGGUUGAAGUAUGGUAGGAAACAUUGUUAUAUGGGACAUCGUCGCUUUUUGCCGCCAGAUCACAUGUGGAGAAGGAGAAAGAAUUUGUUCAAUGGUAAAGAAGAUCAUCGCAUGCCACCAAGUGUUUUAGAUGGAGCUGAUGUUUUAGCUCAACUACAGAUGCUUGGGGACGUGCAAUUUGGUAAAUCACGUCGAAAGAGAAAACGUACUGCUGAAGAGUUGAACUGGACAAAGUAUAGCAUAUUCUUCAAACUACCGUAUUGGGCGACCCUGCGUCUUCGACAUAAUCUAGAUGUCAUGCAUAUUGAGAAGAAUAUUUUUGAUAACAUCUUGUGGACUUUAAUGAAUGUUCCUGGUAAAAAUAAGGAUAACAUCAAUUCUCGACGUGACUUGGAGAUUUUGGGUUACAGAAAAGAAUUACACUUGAAGUGUGAAGAUAUUGAGACGAAGUUUACUCGAAUGGAUCGCAAUGUUGAUGGUGGAGAAGCGGAGAAUAUAGAUGGAUUCAAGAUUUUCGACCAAAAAGUUCGACCCAUUGGUAUGGCUUUAAACUUGCAAUUAUCAAAUAAACUCCUUCCGGAAGCCACCUGGUACGUCCUCAACAACUGCGAUGAGAUUGCAUCAUACCUAAAGGAGCACUACGAGAAGUGUAAUGUGCACAGUCCAAACCAUACCGAUCGAAAGCAUCAAACUGAGUUUCCAUCUUGGUUCAAGCAACGUGUUCAGGAGCAGCGUAUCACCAACCCACUUGAUGUGACUGCUGAUCUGUAUGCGUUAGCUUGUGGUCCUGAACCUACUGUUGCAUCCUAUGCUGCUUGCAUUGUAAAUGGCAAAAGGUUCCAUACAAAACAACGUGAACUUCGACGGCGUACACAAAAUUCAGGGGUAUUGGUGACUGGUGACGAAAGUACUAAUAAUGUUGACUUCUACGGUGUUAUUAAUGACAUCGUGGAGUUACACUACAUGGGGCGGCGUCGGGUGUACUUGUUCAUGUGUGACUGGUUUGAUGUGGGGGAUCAAAGACGUGGGGUACGAGUUGAUAACCAUAUGACUAGUAUCAACAUGGACAGGACUUGGUAUAAGGAUGAACCAUUUGUAUUGGCAUGUCAGGCGUCCCAGUGUUUUUACAUCAGGGAUGUAAGGGCCCAAGGGAGAUGGUUUGUGGUGCAGAAGUUCACGAAUAGGAAUGUAUAUGACAUUCCACCGGUGCCGAGGGUGUUAGAAGAUAUUGACGGAGAGACUGGAAUGAUAUAG